UGUCUUAAAUUAAUCAACUUCAUCUCCUUUUCAUACCUUCGCCUUUCCAGUUUGAAAAAUGGAACCUAUUACUCAAAAUCAGCUGUUAGGUGCAACCACUGGUCUAUGGGUGCAACUGACAAGUGACAAUUGCUCCCUGCGUUGUCGUAAACAUAGAAACACGAAUGAGAUGGAGGACACUCAAGAAGUAACACUUUUAAUAGAAAAUCAGAGAUUCACGGCGAACAAAAAUGUUUUGUGCGAGUACAGCGACUAUUUUCGCGCAAUGUUCAGUGGAAACUAUAUUGAAAACGAACGACAGGAAAUAAAAAUUGAUAUGGUUGAUGCAUACUCAAUGAACAUGAUACUUCAAUACAUGAGAAUAGGUUUGAUAGAUCUCUCUGAAUACUCACUGACAACUAUUGGAGAAUUGUCAAUCGCAGCGAACUUUCUUCAAAUAACAGAAUUAAUUAAGCAGAUUGAAUACUGUUUAGAUCUCCAUCUUUCUGUCUCAAACUGGAUGGAGACAAUGAUUAUAGCAGAAAACUCUUCUUAUACUAAAUUAGAGCAACUGAGUGCUGCAUUUGGAUUACUUAAUUUUAAACAAAUGAAAAAAGAGUACAUUUUAAAUAUUCAUAGACUAUUUUGGUAUUUAUCACAUCCAUAUUUAGAUACUGAUAAUGAAUUAGAGGUUUUUAGAUUUGGUUACGAAUGGAUUAUAAAUUCAGAAACAGGGGCCGAUGCUAUAUUGAUAGUUUUAGGAUGUUUAGAUAUACAAAGACUGAGUCAUAAUGAUAUCAAAGAAAUAAAAAUCCUUAUAAAGGAUUUUGUUGAUAGUUUGCCUCUUAAAGUAGUUGAUUGUAUUUUAGAGAUUACUGAACACAGUGAAUUGUCUAUAAUAACUUUGACUGAAAGGAAAGAUGAACUAUGCGAAAAGUUCACUGCCAGGGUAUAUAUUGAAGUUUUUAAGUUAGUAAGUGCAAGUGUUAAUCGUAAGCUGAUAUUCACACCCACAGUACCAGUCUGGAUAGUCAAAGAUACAAAACCUGAAUUGAUAUCGCAUAAUAUGUAUACAUUUAGUGAAGAUACAGGCCUUGAAAAAUGGUUGGAAGUUGCAGAGAAAAACUUAUGGGGUUGGAAUGUGGUAGCAUGGGGUGCCAACAAACUUGUUCUGGUUUGUGGAGAACAUGGUAGAGGUACGAGUGUAUUCAUGAAAGAUGUUAAAGUAUAUGACACUUUCCGUAAGGAGUGGAUCUUGCACGGUGUUGAAUUACCAUCGAGAAGACAUGGUGGAGUUGCUAUUAUGGGAGACUCAUUGUUCAUUAUUGGAGGUGUAGGUGGUUUUAGAGUUGUACUUGAUACGGCUGUCAUAUAUGAUUUAAAACAAAGAACACACAGGAAGAUUGCCAAAUUACCAGAUACAAUACAAAAUCCAGCUGUGUGCGUACACAAUAAUUCUAUUUAUGUAUCAGGUCAGAAGAAUAUUUACCAAUAUGAGGACUUAGGGCAAACUGAUAGAUGGUCCACAGUCAUACUAACAGAUAUUAGACCAAAUUGUAUGACGUCAUUCAAUAAUUACAUUUAUUGCACACAAAAUUAUUUUAGCCAUCUCUAUAGAUUUCGACCUGGCAUAGAUACGAAAUUGCAGUUGAUCACUUACUUUACGAAUCCGCCAGCUGCCAUUUGCCAUUUAGGUUCAAAAUUGCUCUUUUUCACCAGGCCAAUGUGUGGUCAGUCAGAUACGUUAGCAGUUGAAGAGUACAAAGGGAAAACUGAUGAUGAAAUGCCCAACGUUCUUUGGUCAGUUUCAAAUUCAAAAAUCAAAGUGAACGAUGUUGCCGGCUCAUGUACCUUAGUCAUCAACAUACCUCCAACAAGAACUGCAAUCUCUCGAUACCAUAAAAGAUAUUUGUCGCAAUAUUAAUAAAAAGAAAAAAAAACACUC